UCGGCCGAAGCCAGCGCCCUGCGUAGUGCGCUCGCUCAGUGCGCUCCACCGUCAGAUGAACAUGGCGUAAUCCGUGAAUUAUUUGACGAGUAAAAACUUAUGGGAAACGCUUGUGUGUCAUUCGGGUGUAAACACACAAGCUCGCAACUCGGAGCUGAAGAAGAUUCCCAGGCAUUUUUCAUCGAGUAUGGUUGCUCUCACUUUUAGCACACGACAUCGUGGAAAGGGCUUGUAGGCACAGUUUGACAGCGUUUAUACCGUGCCCACUUGAACCCAUAAUGCGGACAACAGCUUUGGCUACACAACGGUGAUUCCGCUUCAAGCGUUUUCAACGUCCUUUUUAACGACGCCAGUGCCGCUUCAGAUCGUUUUCAUCUAGCAGUGCUCUGUGAGGAAAUGUCAGAUAAUCAAAGCUGGAACUCAUCCGGGUCAGAGGAAGACUUGGAACCCCGAGAGGAGCUGGGACAUUUGGCUGCAAUUGGAGAGUUUAGCGGUGUUCUAAGUAAGUGGACAAAUUACAUCCAUGGCUGGCAGGACCGUUGGGUAGUGCUGAAAAACAACACAUUGAGUUACUACAAGUCCCAAGAUGAGACGGAGUAUGGCUGUCGAGGAUCCCUCUGUCUUAGCAGAGCUGUUAUUACUGCUCACGAGUUUGAUGAGUGCCGUCUGGACAUCAGCGUGAAUGACAGUGUGUGGUACAUGAGAGCUCAAGACCCAGAGCACAGAGCACGGUGGAUUGAAUCCAUUGAGCUUCACCGGAGUCUCAGAGCAGGGAGGAGGGACAAGGGAGGAGCCCAGGGAACUGUACUCAUCGCUCCAAACCUGGCUGAUUCUGGCUAUGGCUCAGAGUCCAGUUUGCGAAGACAUGGAUCCAUGCUGUCCCUUACAUCAGCCACCAGUGGAUACUCUGCCACCUCCACCUCUUCUUUUAAGAAAGGACACAGUUUGCGAGAGAAACUGGCUGAGAUGGAGACAUUCAGAGACAUCUUGUGCAGACAGGUGGACACACUGCAGAAGUAUUUCGACAGCUGUGCAGAUGCAGUGUCAAAAGAUGAGCUUGAAAGAGACAAAAUUUUGGAUGAUGAAGAGGAUUUCCCCAGCACUCGAGCAGAUGUUGAAUUUUACCACCACAACAAUAACAGCAGCAGAGAAAAAUUGUUUCAAACUCUGAGCCCAAAAGAAAUCAAUGGCAUAGAUUUCAAAGGUGAGGCAAUCACAUUCAAGGCUACCACAGCUGGGAUCCUGGCCACUUUGUCACACUGUAUUGACCUCAUGGUGAAGAGAGAGGAGAACUGGCAAAAAAGAUUGGAUAAGGAGAUGGAGAAGAGGCGAAGAAUAGAGGAAAGCUAUAAAUCGGCCUUAAAUGAAUUGAAGAAAAAGUCUCACUUUGGAGGGCCGGACUUUGAGGAAGGACCAAACAGCCUCAUUAAUGAAGAAGAAUUUUUUGAUGCAGUUGAAGCUGCACUUGACCGACAAGACAAAAUUGAAGAGCAGUCAGAGAAGACAAGGACCAGAGACCAGAGACCUAGUCCUGUCCCCAUUGGAAACAUCUACUCUAGCUCUGGCUCCCACCGGUUCUCAGAAAAGACUCUUACUCAGACCUCCCCUGCCCUUGUAAUCAGGGCACCUCCCCAUGAAGUCCACAGAUUCAGCACAGAGGUGGAUGAGAUGGUUCAGAAUCACAUGACCUUCUCCCUGCAGGAUGUUGGAGGAGAUGCUAACUGGCAGCUAGUGGUAGAAGAAGGAGAAAUGAAGGUGUACAGAAGAGAAGUGGAAGAAAAUGGGAUUGUACUUGACCCACUGAAGGCCACCCAUUCAGUGAAGGGAGUGACCGGGCAUGAGGUGUGCCACUACUUCUGGGAUACUGCAUACCGCAAUGAUUGGGAAACCACUAUUGAAAACUUCAAUGUAGUGGAGACAUUGUCAGAUCAUGCUGUGAUCAUUUACCAGACGCACAAGCGAGUUUGGCCAGCGUCUCAGAGAGAUGUGCUCUAUCUUUCUGCCAUGAGGAAGAUUAUGGCCAACAAUGAGAACGACCCUGAUACUUGGCUGGUUUGCAACUUCUCUGUCGAUCAUGAUGAUGCACAGCCAACCAGCAGAUGUGUUCGUGCCAAAAUUAAUAUUGCCAUGAUCUGCCAGACCUUGGUCAGUCCACCUGAGGGAAACAAAGAGAUUAGCAGAGAUAAUAUCACAUGUAAAAUCACAUAUGUAGCCAAUGUAAACCCUGGAGGAUGGGCCCCUGCAUCUGUCCUAAGGGCUGUGGCCAAAAGGGAGUACCCCAAAUUCUUAAAACGUUUUACUUCUUAUGUUCAAGAAAAAACUGCUGGCAGACCCAUUUUAUUCUGAGAAUCCCCUUUGAAAAUGUCCAUCUAUUCUGAUCACUUAAUACUUAGAAACUAGAAACAAAUUUUAUUUAUUUUAUACACAACAUUCUGUUUAAAGAAUACAGUCCACUUUUCGAAAAUAACUGAUUGUCUUCUGCAGAUGUUUUAUUGGCUUAAACCUAAACUUAUAUAUGUAGUUAUAAUAGUUCAUUCUAGAAUCCAUAUGUAUUUGUAUUCAUGCAACUGGCAAUUGUAACUUUUUACUGUAGUUGACUUGUGGUUAACAUUUCAGUUUCUGUCUGGCUGAAAGUUUGAUUGCUCGUUAUAAUUUAAUAUUUGUAUUUUUUUUAAGUCCUGAGGGUUGUCAUUAAGCUUUGGACCCUAUGACAUUGGACUUGAUCAUCUGAUCCUCAUCUCUCUAAUGAAGCAACUUGGUUCUGAUGGAGAGUUGUGUAGAGAUGGGCCUUUUGCCUAUUUGAUGGACAGUGCCCACAUACAUUUGAACUACAUAGUGGUAGCUGUUUCUUAGUACAGGGCUGUUGUAGCACAGACUGAACUUUUCAAAAAAAAAAAAGAAGUUAAUAGAAGAAAACUAGUUUGAGCCCAGGUGCCUUAGGAAAACACUCAGCACUUAUGUGCCCACAGUUAUAGCUAGCCUUAGCUUUUAUAAAUGGCUAAAUAAAAUAAAUGAAAAACUA